GCAGGGCGGGCAAGACAUCCUGUCCAUGAUGGGCCAGUUGAUGAAGCCAAAGAAGACAGAGAUCACGGACAAGCUGCGGGGCGAGAUCAACAAGGUGGUGAACAAGUACAUCGACCAGGGCGUGGCGGAGCUGGUGCCGGGCGUGCUGUUCGUGGACGAGGUGCACAUGCUGGACAUCGAGUGCUUCACCUACCUGCACCGGGCCCUGGAGUCCUCCAUCGCCCCCAUCGUCAUCUUCGCCUCCAACCGGGGCAACUGCGUCGUCCGGUACGGCCGCCUUCCGCCCGGGGCUGGGCGGGGAGGGAGGCCGGGGAGGGAGGCUGGCUCGCCGGAGGUCGAGGCCGAGGCCGGCCUGACUGAGCUCGAGAGCUGAGAACGUCGUCGUCGU